AAAAGUCAAGUUGACCAGGAUGGGAUCCCAGGAUGCAACAACAUAAUAAGAGUAGACAUCAACCGUUGUAUCAAUCAUGUCUUCUUCUUUCUUCCAGAUCCUGUCAUGGGAUCAACCCCACGACGUCGUUUUAACCCCCGUCGUUGUCUUCUCCGUUCUCUGGUACAUACGGCUUCUCACCAAGCCGAAACUUCCACCGCUGCCGCCGGGACCUCCUGGCCUCCCCAUAGUCGGAAACCUCCCGUUUCUCUCGCCGGAGCUCCACACCUACUUCGAGGGUCUCGCCGGAAAAUACGGUCCCAUAUUCAAACUCCGCCUCGGCGCCAAACUCGCGGUCGUCGUCUCCUCGCCCGAGACGGCCCGGGAAGUCCUCAAGACCCAUGACGUCACCUUCGCGAACCAUGACGUCCCCGUCGCGGGUCGGGUCAACACGUACGGAGGCGUUGACAUUCUCUGGUUACCGUACGGACAAGAAUGGCGGAUGCUGAGGAAAGUCUGCGUCAGCCGCAUGCUGAGUAGCGCCACGUUGGACUCCUCCUACGCGCUCCGCCGCGCCGAGAUCCGUCGGACCGUCCGGUUCUUGGAGGACCGGGGCCGGUCCGGUUCACCGGUUAACCUAGGAGAGCAGAUAUUCAUGGCAAUUUUGAACGUUAUCUUGCAGAUGCUGUGGGGCGCGACGGUUGCGGACGAAGAGAGGGAAAGUGUUGGAUCUGAAUUCAGAGAAUUGAUUUCUGAGAUGACCGAGAUCGUUGGUAUUCCUGAUAUUUCAGAUUUCUUCCCGGUCCUGGGCCGGUUCGAUCUGCAGGGUCUGGUUAAGCGGAUGCGUAAACCGGCUCAGCAGUUGGACCGGUUGUUUGACCGGGUGAUUAACCAACGGCUGAGAGUUGAUAAGAGGAAUCAAGGGGACGGUCAGGAUUUCUUGCAGUUCUUAUUGAAGGUGAGAGAAGAAGACCAAAGUACCCCUCUCACCAUGGACCACGUCAAGGCCGUACUCACGGACAUGGUGCUGGGCGGCAUAGACACAUCUUCGAACACGAUACAGUACGCCAUGGCAGAGCUUAUAAACAGACCAGAGGUGAAGAAGAGAGCCCAGCAAGAGUUAGACGAAGUUGUCGGCAAAGACAACGUCGUAGAAGAACCCCACAUAACCAAACUCCGUUACCUGUCCGCCGUCAUGAAAGAAACCCUAAGGGUUCAUCCCAUUUUCCCUCUCCUUAUCCCACAUCGAUCCAGCCAAUCCGCCGUCGUCUCCGGGUACACCAUCCCCAAAGAUACCAAGGUUUUCGUCAACGUGUGGGCCAUCCACAGAGAUCCGAGAUCCUGGGAGAAUCCGUUGGAGUUUGAUCCCGACAGGUUUCUCGGAAGAACAGGUGACUUCAGUGGUAAUAACUUCAGCUAUCUUCUGAUCACACCAUCUUUACUUGAGAAUUUUAUGAGUGGAUUGGGAUCUUUAUCAUCAGAUUCAUGUGCAUAUGAGUCGUCUAGGGGUAGAGAACAAAAGAAAAUCAACUCCAAGCCAAGGGACUUCACAUGCCCACUGGACCUCGAUUGUGACACAGAGUAUGUAGGAUGGAUACCCGAAGAUAUAGACUUGUUGCCCUACACAAGUCAAGAAGCAGAGAGGUUGGAGAACGUGAGUAGCGAAGAUGUGAUCAAGGAAGCCUCUCCCACUGAUCACUCAACAAAUCCGGAUACAAGCACGAAAUAUCCCACAUUCACCAUACAAACAAAGCAACCGAUCAACAACGCACAUGGGAAAUCCAAAGUGGAAAUCGACACAAAGCCAAAGGGCAUUUAG